AUGAAGACAAUUCUCUCGUCUGAGACUAUGGACAUCCCAGAUGGGGUGAAAAUCAAGAUCCAUGCCAGGAUCAUAGAAGUCGAAGGCCCAAGAGGCAAGCUGAGCAGGAACUUCAAGCAUUUGAAUCUUGAUUUCCAGUUGAUAAAAGACGAGGAAGGUAAAAGAAAGCUGAAGAUUGAUGCCUGGUUUGGUUCAAGAAAGACCAGUGCUGCUAUCAGGACUGCUCUUAGCCACGUGGGGAACUUGAUUACUGGGGUUACCAAGGGGUACAGAUACAAGAUGAGGUUUGUGUAUGCUCAUUUUCCCAUCAAUGCCUCCAUCACUAACAACAACACUGCUAUCGAGAUCAGGAACUUUCUUGGAGAGAAGAAGGUUAGGAAGGUUGAUAUGCUUGACGGGGUUAGCAUUAUUCGAUCUGAAAAAGUGAAGGACGAGCUAGUCCUAGAUGGUAAUGAUAUUGAGCUUGUUUCACGGUCGGCAGCUCUGAUCAACCAGAAAUGUCAUGUCAAGAACAAGGAUAUCCGAAAAUUUCUUGAUGGCAUAUACGUAAGUGAGAAGAGCACUGUGAGUGCUGAGCAAGAAUGA